CUUCCGCCGCCGCCCGGCCCCUUCCGCCGCCGCCGCUUCCUCCUGCGCCGGGAGGGCCGGGAGGGAUGGGGGUCACCUGCGUGACGCAGGUGCCCGUGGCCGAGGGCAAGAGCGUGCAGCAGACGGUGGAGAUGCUGACGCGGAAGCUGGAGCUGCUGGGGGCCGAGAAGCAAGGCCCGUUCUGCGUCGACUGCGAGACCUACCACACCGCCGCCUCCACCAUGAGCAACCAAGGGCAGACAGGCAAGCUGAUGUACGUGAUGCACAACUCCGAGUACCCCCUCAGCUGCUUCGCCCUCUUUGAAAACGGUCCCUGCCUCAUAGCGGAUGCCAACUUCGACACCCUGAUGGUGAAGCUGAAAGGCUUCUUCCAGAAUGCCAAGGCGAACAAGAUAGAGAGCCGGGGCACCCGCUACCAGUACUGUGACUUCUUGGUGAAGGUGGGCACGGUUACGAUGGGUCCCAGCGCCCGUGGGAUAUCCGUGGAGGUGGAGUACUGCCCCUGCGUGAUAGCCAACGACUGCUGGAACCUGCUGAUGGAGUUCAUGCAGAGCUUCAUGGGGAACCACGCUCCUGGCGUCCCGUCCGUGUUUGGCACCAAGCACGACAGCAUCUACAGCCCGGCGGACACAAUGGUUCAGUACAUGGAGCUGUUCAACAAGAUCCGCAAGCAGCAGCAGGUGCCCGUAGCAGGAAUCAGAUGAAAGGGCUCCCUGGAGCUCUGCGCAGAGCGACCGCAUCCUCUUUUCUGCCUGCCACGUGGAUCAGGAGGCCCUCCAAAAAGCGGCACUGGAGCCAACCCAAGGUUUUUUCCUCCUUCUAAAUCUCUUCGCCCCGUUUCACAGCAAAGGUUUUGAAUGCUAUGCAUAUUUUUGUUGUCCUUUGUAGUUUCUGGGGGGGGAGUGUUUGUUCUCAGGCCUAUGGCUGCGAUGGAUCUCAGUACUGUGUUUCAUGCAGGGGAUUACAGAUUGUCCGCAGAGGGAGGGAAAGGAGAAAUUCCAGCCAAAUGCAUGCAAGGGCAGAAUUUCCUUGAAUGCAAACAGCUACACGAGAGGGGACGGUUUUUUUAUUACUAUUUUCUUAAGAUAUCCACGUGAAAGUGUCAUGUUUUUUUCAUCGAAAUAAAAAGCUGGAUUUUUGUGAGGA